CCUUUUGACGCGUGGCGCUGCUGUCGCAUGGGGGAAACGGUGCAUUUUCUAGUAGUUUGACGUUGUUGACGCAGUUUUUGACAAGUUGUGUUUACAAAAAUUCACUUUCCGCAUAAUUUUUUCCUCCUCCCUGAGAAAAAUGACCGAUUUUGUGGAAAAUACCUUUGAAAGGACACCUCAAAGUAGUGGGGAAGAUGCCCAAGAUGUGGGGGCAGUGGCGCAUGAGGUGGACGAAGAGAAACCGCGUGAUUCGCAAAAGAGAAAACGCGAUGAAAGUGAGGUGAAUGAAGAUGAGGGAGAAUCGGUCACAAAAUACAAAAAAAUCGAUGGGGAGCACACAAAAGUGGUGGCGAAGCACUACAAUACGCUCGAGGAGAAGGGCUUGGUGGAGAGGAAUAAGUCCCGGAUAUUUUAUUUGCGGAAUUUCAACAACUGGAUCAAAAGCAUGCUUGUCAAUGAAUAUAUCACAAAGGUGAAGGAGAGUCUGCAGAUGGGGGCCCCACUGAGAGUGCUGGACAUGUGCUGUGGCAAAGGAGGUGAUCUCCUUAAGUGGCAAAAGGGUGGAAUUUCGCAUCUUAUUUGCACAGACAUUGCAGAGGUUAGCAUAGAACAGUGCCGAACGCGAUAUGAUACAAUGUUGGCACGAACCAAGAGAUUCGCCCCGGAAUUUACAGCGGAAUUCUUUGCGUGUGAUUCCACGCUGGAUCGUCUCCGGGAGCGCUACCGCGAUGCAUCAAUUGAUCUCAAUCUCGUUAGUUGCCAAUUUGCCUUCCACUAUUGCUUCGAGUCCCUGCCCCAGGCUGAGUGUAUGAUCCGCAAUGCAUCGGAGUGCCUAAAGCCAGGGGGCUACUUCAUUGGCACAAUCCCCGAUGCCAAUGAGAUAAUGCGACGGCAGAAGCUCUCGGAUUCCCACACAUUCGGCAAUGAUGUGUACAGCAUUGAUUUUCAGUGUGACACCGAGAAGCCACCGCUCUUUGGGGCAAAGUACAACUUUCACCUCGAAGGAGUUGUCGACUGUCCGGAAUUCCUAGUUCAUUUCCCAACGCUGGUGAAACUGGCGCGGAAGUUUGGGCUGGAACUCACAAUGAGGGAGCGUUUUGGGGAUUUCUAUCAGCGCAUGAUCCCCCGUGGAAGGGGAUUGAUUGAGAAGAUGCAGGGCCUAGAGACAUACCCAGCUGCCCGUGAUGGGAAUCUCAGUGGGGGUGAUAGACAUGAGUAUGCUCAUGCUCAGGAAUACAUGGAUAGACAAGCAUCACACGGAAGACCAGCAAAACGCGUAGGGACUCUCUCGAAGUCCGAAUGGGAAGCUGCCAGCCUCUACCUUGUCUUUGCUUUCCGAAAGAUGAAGAAAGUCUGGGACAAAGAUGGAAAGCCCAAAUAUAUUCAAUAGUCAGACUAUAAUCGUGCUGUAAAUGGUUUUAUAAAUGUUCUUUUUUUAGGUAUCAAAUCGAAAAAAUAAUUAAAUUCAUUAUUUGAAGAAAAACAGAAAGGAAUAAAAAUUUUCCUUAGAAAAA